UCGAUUAAUACUGGACAACUUUGCGAGCAGUUUCAGUUUCAUUUCAGUUAUCAAAUAGGAGUUACGUGGUUUGUUAAACGCACGGAAAAUAGCAGUUAACUCGGGAAUAAUAAAGUGAUGUCAGAAAUUAGAAAAUUAAAGAAAAUGAAGUAUUUUUUGAUCCUUUUGUUUCUUGUUCCUAUCAAUUGUUCCAAGCAAGCGAAGAAAAUGAAGUGCUUAAAUCCACCAACCACAGCGAAAAAGGUGGAAAUGUUUAUAAAGGAGUGCCAAGAGGAAAUUAAAACUAAAAUUGUCCAAGAAGCACUUAUCAUCUUAAACGGAAAAUAUGGAGAAGGUCACAACGAAUACGAGGCAUCUCAUGCAUCAUUUUACGACAACAAUAAUGGAUAUUCUCGAAUCAGAAGACAUUUGGGAUAUAAUCCAACUUUAGUAUCGCGAGAGGACAAGCGAAUAGCCGGGUGUCUACUUCAUUGCAUCUACGCUAAGAACAAUGCCAUUGACAAACUUGGCUGGCCGACGCUUGAUGGCCUCGUCCAUUUCUAUUCGGAUGGCGUCAGCGAUCAUGCUUUCUUCAUGGCCACUUUGAGGGCAACUAAUUGCUGUCUUAGGGCGACUGGUGAGAAGUAUGGAAUCGAUCGACUUGAACAUCCAAAACACGGCGAAAGCUGUGAUCUUGCCUUUGAUGUUUUCGACUGUGUUUCGGAUCAAAUGACGGAAUAUUGUUUUGAUCAGUUUAGUCCAUAAGAUAAAUCACUGGAAUCUCCAGC